AUUUGAUGAGGGAACAAUUUUAGAAAAAUGGCGCCGAUCAUGGAGUGCUGAGAAUUUCACUGAAACUUACAUUUAUACCUACUUUUGUACAUCUUGUGACAAAAAUAGUUCACUACCCUUUUAAACAAUUUUCUCUGCAAUUAUGUUUGUUGCGCGAAGUAUUGCGGCGGACCAUAAAGACCUUAUCCACGAUGUGUCUUAUGAUUUCCACGGCCGGAGAAUGGCGACAUGUUCCAGUGACCAAAGUGUCAAGGUUUGGGACAAAAGUGACAAUGGUGAGUGGAACUGCACAGCCAGUUGGAAGACCCACAGCGGAUCGGUUUGGCGCGUGACCUGGGCACACCCCGAGUUUGGACAAGUCUUGGCGUCCUGCUCAUUUGACCGGACAGCGGCGGUAUGGGAGGAGAUUGUUGGCGAGUCCAACGAUAAACAGCGCGGACUCAGCCAUUGGAUAAAGAGGACCACAUUGGUGGACAGCCGAACAUCAGUUACUGACGUGAAGUUUGCUCCGAAACACAUGGGCCUCAUGCUGACCACCUGCUCCGCGGACGGUGUCGUCAGAAUAUACGAGGCUCCUGAUGUGAUGAACCUGAGCCAGUGGUCCCUGCAGCAUGAGAUCUCAUGCAAGCUCAGCUGCUCCUGUAUAUCUUGGAACCCCUCCAGCUCUCGUGCCCAUUCUCCCAUGAUAGCCGUGGGCAGUGAUGAUGGCAACACUGCCUACAGUGGUAAAGUUCAGAUCUACGAAUAUGUGGAAAACACAAGGAAGUACGCCAAAGUGGAGACUCUGAUGACUGUCACAGACCCCGUACAUGACAUCGCCUUUGCACCAAACCUGGGACGUUCUUUCCAUGUGCUGGCCAUAGCAACCAAAGAUGUGCGCAUCUUCAAGCUUAUACCCAUGCGUAAGGAGUCUUCCUCUUCGGGCCCCACCAAGCUGGAGGUGCAGCUUCAGGCCCAGUUUGACGGCCACAACUCCCAGGUGUGGAGGGUGAGCUGGAACAUCACCAGCACCCUGUUGGCUUCCUCAGGGGAUGAUGGAUGUGUACGCCUUUGGAAAGCCAACUACAUGGACAACUGGAAGUGCACCGGCAUCCUGAGGGGGGACGGUAGUCCGGUCAAUGGAGCCGCUGGUCAGGCCGGCACCCCUGGUGCAGCCGGCACACCUGGAGGUCCUGCUACCCAGAAUGCCCUGCAAGCUGUUGCUGGCAGAAAGAAAGCCCAACUGAUGCCUGGCUAGUGGAAUGACAUGCCCACUGUAUUUUCUGCUUGUUGCAUGGACACACGCAUACACACACACACACACAGGAUUGAAUGGAGGACAUCUCUGAUCAACCCCCUUAAAGACAUUCAAGCACUUUGUAGUACUCAUCAAGCAAAAGUGGAUUUCCAGACCAGACCAAUUAUAGUCAGUACAUUAGGUUUGAUAGUAGGGAUAGAUCUGAAGGAGUGUCUCAAAGUAAUGGGGGCGAGAGCUGAUUUAUACAUCAGUACAACCGUUUACACACCACAAUGUUGCGAAAAUAAACUAACACUUAUUUAGGGGUAAAAAAGCCUGGUAUGGACCUGUUUGGUCCUCAGACAUUUAUUUCUGCAAGAUGGAAUACAAAAGAUUUUUUAAGACAACACAGUAAAAGGAAAAAGAAACAGUCAACUGUAUAAAAAGUUGUUUGUUUCAUUCAAAGCAUCUUGAACUGCUCUUUAAUAAAUACGUAUUUCAAGUAUCUUUGACCAGAAUGUGGAGAGUGAUUGUGAUUGUGAAAGUGUAUUCUGUUUAAAUAUACAUUUGUAAACACAGAAAACAGUAAUAGGAACA